GUCCCCCCUCAGCCUGCACAAUCAGACAGCCGGGCUGCAGCCCACCGCCUCAGUCUGUUGUUAGGAGGGUGAUCCGCCAUCCACGAUGUUAGACAACGAAGAAAUUAUGCUGGACUCUUACCCGCGGGAGCUCAGACAGAACCCGCUCAGGAAGAUCUGGAUGCCGUACAAAAACGGCCACAUAGCUCAGAGACGCGUGUGUAUGACAAACUGUCCGACCCUCAUUGUGACGGUUGGACUUCCAGCCAGAGGGAAGACUUACAUUUCAAAGAAGCUCACCCGCUACCUAAACUGGAUAGGUGUACAAACCAAAGAGUUCAACGUCGGCCAGUACCGGAGGGAGUGUCUGAAGAUCUACAAAUCCUUUGAGUUUUUCCGUCCAGAUAAUGAAGAAGGCUUAAAAAUCAGGCAGCAGUGUGCCAUGUCGGCCCUUAAUGACGUCCGGCAGUACCUGAGUGUUGAAGGAGGACAGGUUGCGGUUUUUGAUGCCACAAAUACAACAAGAGAAAGAAGAGGAACCAUCGUCAAGUUUGCUGAGCAGAAUGGCUUCAAGGUAUUUUUUGUGGAGUCUGUGUGUGAAGAUCCAGACGUCAUUGAACAAAAUAUAGUGCAAGUGAAGCUGGGAAACCCGGACUACAUACACUGCGACUCACAGGAGGCCAUCGAGGACUUCAUGGAGAGAAUAAAGUGCUACGAGUCAUCCUACCAGCCUCUGGAUGAGGUCCUGGACAGGGAUCUGUCCUACAUUAAGAUCAUGGAUGUGGGCCGUCGUUACCUGGUGAACCGCGUGGUGGACCACAUCCAGAGCCGAAUCGUCUACUACCUGAUGAACAUCCACAUCACACCACGCUCCAUCUACCUGUGUCGCCACGGUGAGAGCGACCUCAACAUUAAGGGACGCAUCGGAGGAGACGCUGGCCUGUCUGCCAGAGGAAAAGAUUUUGCCAAAGGUCUGAGGAAGUUCAUCCAGGACCAGAACAUCAAAGAUCUGAAGGUCUGGACAAGCCAGAUGAAGAGAACCAUCCAGACAGCGGAGUGCCUGGGAGUCCCAUACGAACAGUGGAAAUCUCUGAAUGAAAUCGACGCCGGCGUGUGUGAGGAAAUGAUGUACGAGGAAAUCCAAGAGCAUUUCCCUCUAGAGUUUGCACUGAGAGACCAAGACAAAUACCGCUACCGCUAUCCUAAAGGAGAGUCAUAUGAAGACCUGGUGCAGCGGCUGGAGCCCGUGAUCAUGGAGCUGGAGAGACAGGAGAACAUUCUGGUCAUUUGUCACCAGGCCGUCAUGCGCUGUCUGCUUGCUUACUUCCUGGAUAAGACUGCAGAUGAGUUGCCUUAUCUUAAGUGCCCUUUGCACACUGUGUUGAAGUUGACCCCUAUGGCUUAUGGUUGUAAAGUGGAGAGUGUGUAUUUAGGUGUGGAUGCUGUGAACACACACAGAGACAGACCAGAGAAUGUGAACGUGCAGCGCAGCACGGAGGACGCUCUGCAGACGGUCCCCGACCACUUCUGACCUCCUGCCGGGACCUCGUCCUCCUCCCUGUGAACAGCGCUAUGGGAGCUGCAACAUCUUCCCAGACUCAUACUGUAAAGCACUUUCUUUAAAUGUAAUCCUUUUUGAUACAUGUUUGUUUGUUUGUAUCGUAGCUUCCGUCUCAGUGUGAGGGGGGGGGGGGGGGGGGGGCGGGGCGGCAAUCAAAGGCAAAUGCCAAUAUUUUUGAUAUGGUGUUCUACUGUUACUGGUGCAAUGACGAUAUGUACAAAUUUCAGCAUCUUCUUCCAUGACUACAUUGAAUAUCUACUGUAUGAUGUGCUCUGUGCAUACUGCCAUAUGCUCCCAUUGUUUCUGAUGUUUUUAUUGUCUGAAAAACAGUCUGAAUGACUUGAGUCAAUGUAACUAAAUGUUUUGGCAGCGUUUUCUUUCUCCUGGCUGAUCUAUUUCUAUUUGGGUAUUUUUUUAAGGCAGUUGAUGUGUGUAAGGUCUAAACAUUCCAGAGGUGGAGAUACACUAAACCACACGCUGCACUAUAGAGGGCUCACAUCAUACAUGCAUUACUCAAAAAUGUAGCUCAUGUGCUGUAAUCGAUAAACGAGGCGCUUCUUUCCUCUGGGAUUACUGUGGUGAAACCAAAAAGAAUUUUUGGAGAUGCAGUGUCCAUUUCUAAGAGAUUUGCCAAUAAAAAAUAGAUAGCCAUUUUAUUCAGGAACUUAUAGGUAUUGUGCAAACUGUACGUGCCUCUUUGUUUAACUGUUCUGUGUGUAAAAUUUCCUGUAUCAUACUUUUUUAUGACAACUAUUACUGUACUUAUAAUCCCACAUGCCUUGUCUUCAACUGUCCAAAUCUCAAUAAACUGAAUUUUUUCUGUGUGAAA